CAUGACUCAAUCGAAUCAACCAUCUCUCACCAAACCCACUACGAAAUGCCAACAAAUGCGGCCAAAAACCUCCACGGCAAAACCGUCCUCAUAACCGGCGCAUCCUCCGGCAUAGGUCGCUCCUGCGCCUUCGAAUUUGCCCGCACCUCGCCUGCAUCUCUCAAACUGAUCUUGACAGCGCGGCGCAAAGACCGGCUGCACCAGAUAUCCAAGCAGAUCAAGGAAGAAGUAGGAGACGGCGUGAAAGUCCACGUAGUCAAGCUGGACGUCUCGCAGCGCUCAGAAAUCACGCAACUCUUCCAAAACCUGCCAGAUGACUUCGCAGACGUCCAGAUCCUGGUCAACAACGCGGGCUUCAUGAGUGGGUACGAGCGCGCCCCGGACAUCCCACCGUCUAUCAUCGACGACGUCUGGGCUACGAAUGUCACCGGCUUGAUCCACAUGACCCAAGAGUUCCUGAAGAUUGCGAAGAAGAGACCUGAGGGUGAACGAGGCGAUGUGGUUAUGAUUGGGAGUAUUGCGGGGAGGGAGGCGUAUGCCGGGGGGUCGAUCUACUGCGCGAGUAAGGCGGCGGUGAGGAGCUUCACGGAGGCGUUGAGGAAGGAGUUGAUUGCGACGAGGAUUAGGGUUAUUACUGUUGAUCCGGGACAGGUGUUGACGGAGUUUACAGUUGUACGGAAUCGAGGUGAUGAGACUUCGGCUGAUAAGGUCUACGAAGGUUGUGAUCCAUUGACGCCGGACGAUAUCGCGGAGGUGGUUGUGUUCGCAGCUAGUAGGAGAGAGAAUGUUGUUGUGGCGGACUCGAUGUUGUUUCCUAAUUACCAGGCAUCAGCGCUCGAUAUAUACCGUAAGCUAUAGAACGCGGGAUUAGAUAUAGCGCAACGCAGAC